AUGAAACUGGUCUCUGCAGAAAUGCUGGAACUCGAGGAGAAUUGGUUUCAAUUGAUGGACCAAACCUACGCCGAAUGGAAUGCAGACUCGACAGAAGCGGCUGUGAGGGAAGAUGUCCCCAUUGAGCAAAACAUUACCCUCUUUCGAGUCCUCUGCAAGUCAGGAUGCACCGAACUCUAUCUUCUUGCUGCGACGCCCCACGAUGAUAAGACAUUCUUCAAGAUCCUCCAAACAAAUGAGACUGUAGCCGAUCUGGGUUGGGCCGAGCACCAUGUUUAUGAAGAUUUCAUGGACGAAGGGGAAAUUAUCAUAUGGCUUCAGGGCAGUCUCGGGUCCUUUGUCUUGCUCAUCAACCCCGUGAAUGACCAGGACCCAAAAUGGGACAAUAUACCGGUGCAGAUUUCCGUCCCAGAGGGAUUCGUGGGAGAGUUUCCUGGAGAAAAGAACGAGUAUUUGAUCAAGGCCUUGGACGAUGACUUCGGGGACAAUGAGUGUCUCUUCUACAAUUCUUCCUGUAUCACUGCUCUCGGAGCAAGCGACUUGGUUGGGAUUUUGCGCAGUGAAAAGAUGAGAAAAUAUUACUAA